AUGAGAGGUUGUUUGACACCACGUUCACAAGUGAUUUCCGUUCCGCCAUUACAAUCUCCCCGUUCCUCAUUACCGACUUAUCAUCUCAAAGUGACCAUUCAAAAUGGAGUUUUUUCGAAGUCCGAGAAUGGUAUCUAUUGUGUUUCAAAGGUAUUAGGUAUAAAAUAUCGGACGAAAGAAACAACAACAAAUUGUCCCUUAUUUGGAAUAGUUUGGGAUAUUAUACUUCCUGAAGACCAACAAACACUUCAAAUUUUUCUGUGUAAACAUUCGAUGAUUAAUACUCGAAUAGAUAUAGGAAUAGUUACUAUUAAUUUACUACGCGUAGGGAUAGGUGUUCAAAUGAAUGAAACCUUUCGUGUUUUUAACACUGAAAAUGUUGUUGGUUCCCUUCGACUUUCUUUAUUCAGAGAAACUCGACCAAUCGACCAAGUGUUCACAAACUACAAAGAGAUCACACAAAAGUUCACUCUCACCUCGCACCCUAUCAAUUUCAUCCCAACAAAAGACUCAAAGGCUUCGAAAAUCCCGAUGAAGAAUCAACAUCACCGAUUCGUCUCACAGCAACUUCCUCAACCCGAAAGUGAUGAUUUGAUCAUCCCUACGGGUCUCUUCUCAGCAGUUUUCAUUAUCACGCCAGCGGACAUCACCGCGGAGUUGAAGAGUUAUAGAGACUCUUUUAACUCAACACCUUCAGAUCUCUGUUCCUCAACAGUCCCGCCACAAAGUGUCAAGUUGAGUAAACGUUCUUUAGCCCAGUGUGUGAAGACUGAAUCACCACUUUUACCGCAAAUUGUCGAAAUCGGUCUUUCUGGAAAGGUGAAAAGUUGUUACCCUCCAAAUGUCGGUGGCCGUGUCGUUCCUCUGAACAUCUGGAACUUCUGUUUUGGUGAUGGCCUCCAUUUAAGUCAUUUCAAUCAACCCGCCAAAGUUAUCCCCUUUGUAAUGACCGACGCCACCGGCACCACAAAAUUCGCGACGUUUUUAGUCGCGUACUUCCCACUGAAAAAUGACGAGAUGACUCAAAUCAAAGAUCUUUACCCACACCAAACCGGUCCACUAUAUUCUCCGUGUGCAAUAGGAGUCACCAGUGAAUUUCCGAUACUAGGGUUAAUGCGGAAGUGGCUCAAGACUAUCUAUGAGGGGGGAUACGACAACAAAAAAAUGAACGACAUCUUCCACGAAGUCAUCUAUAUGACUGGGAAACCGGGGUAUGGGUCCCCCUUCUCUUACAAUUUCGCAGACUUGAAUUUCUAUGUGGAGAUACGCCUCGAGCCAAAAUUAGGGUUUCCGUCAACUGGGGUGUCCUUUUUGCCAUUACUUGGACUCAUCGGUGUGGAGGGAAUACUUUGCGUUGUACUUAGCUUACUUGCCGACGAAAAGGUGAUUGUUGUGAGUAAGUCGAAAACUGCAGUUGUGUAUGCUAUAGAGCAGUUUAAGAGUCUAAUAAGUCCAUUUGAGUGGUGCAAUGUCUGUAUUGAUUUGUUACCAUUAACUAUGAUCGACUAUUUGACAUCGCCUAUGACAUACUUGAUAGGUAUCUGUCAAGAGUAUAAAGAGGAAAUGUUACGGGUGGUAGGCGAGGAGGAAGUUGUAGUAUGUGACCUUGAUGCUGGGACGGUGAUGAAGAAGGGGAGACUGCGCAAAGUACCGACAUGUGUACUCAGUGUGUUAUAUGAGAUGGUAAAAAUGACUCAAUUAAAGGAGACCAGUGUCUUUGAUGUGAAUAGUGAUUGUUAUGAGGAGAAGUACUUUACAUGGAAGUCGAGUGAGAAAGACAAAAUUAUUCAAUUAGGGAUGUUUAAAAUAAUGUGUUUAAUACUUUCAAAAUAUGAGGAUUACGUGAGGUGUUCGUGGGUGACUGAUAGGCCUGAUAUCUAUUUUGAACGGGCUGAGUAUUUGGAAUAUAAAGGAGAGGACUUUAACGAUCUUUUUGAAGGUCUUUUCACAUCGCAACACUUCCAAUUCUUCAUAGAGAAAUACAAAGAGAAUGAGGAGAGUGUCUUCUGUGAAUGGAAUGAGAAAUUAGUGUUCCAAUUUCCACUUGAAAAGAUCGUUAAGAUGUAUUCCAAUAAAAAGGAAGUGCUGAAAAUAGUUGAGAAAAACCCGACACACAAGACGGGGACUGUUCGAACUAAAAUUGAAGAAAUUGAAAUUGAUGCGAGGAAGUUGCGAUCCCUUCGAGUGCGAGAGAGUGUGAAUAAGUCCGUUGGGGAGAGUAUUACUUAUCACAAGAAGAGAUGGGACAUCCGAUCAGAUGAGGUCUUUGCCGACUUCUUUUCAAGUCAAAGUGCACAAGACGAUGACAAAGUCACUCAAACAUGUGAAUUGGCAGUGGAGUGGAUGCUCAGAGGAAAAGGCGAAGACCGAGUUGUCACUUCUGAGUGGGUCUUUGGUCUCCUUUCGAAAAGGGCUGGAAGGAAGUUGUUCUUCACGCAACUUGCGCGAAGUGUUUUGAGAAUUGAACCAAAAGACUUAACUGGUAAAGGAAGUUGCCAGAAGACAAUUAAGAAGAUUUGUGUGAGUGUGUGGGGAUACUCAAUCAUCACAGAGACCUUCAGACAAGUCGUCAAAUAUGCAAAGUCCGAUAAAGACGUUCUCACACUGAAACGCGUCGUUCAAUUUGCGAUGGAAAUAUAUAAAGAGAAUACCACGAAAGAAGUGUAUGUCAUUGAAAGUCUUAGGAAUGAGACUUUUGAAGAGGAAGAGAUGUGGCACGCUCUAUAUUUGGAAAAGAUGUGGAACGACAAACAACGCAUUUUUAAUGGUUUGAGUGUGCUUGAAAUAUUGAAAAAAUGCGACACUGCCAGUCAAACAGAAGUUGUUGAGUAUCGAAAACAAGAAGGAAUCAGUCUGGUGAACACAUUCAAAGAGACGUUCGAAAUGAUGAAGAGGUGUGGCGUGGGAGAAAAAUGUGUCAAGAAGUUUGUUGGGUACGAACUGGGCCGUCUUCGAGUGAAAGAAGCAGUGUCGACCCAAGUCCACAAAGCAGUCGAGAACUUUUGGAAAGCCAAAACAAGUGUUCAAGAAAAAAUUGAGAGCGUACUGACUGCGGAAGAGAAGAAACGAGAGAUGUACGACUCGGUGUAUGUAACCGAGACUAAUUAA